AGCACGGAGCUCCACAGCGCAAUAUGAGGGAGCAAUCACUCUACUCAAAAUUUCUACUCAAUAUGGGAAGUCUGUGUAUGCCAAGGUACCUGAUACUGACCCAAAACUAAAACUUGGCAGCUAGCAAGUGAGAUUAUGAACGAAGCUUCAGCAGUGCGGAAAGCCCCACCGCAGGCCCAGUCCUCUGGCAGCAUCCAUACUUUGAUGACAUCCCGCCAACCAUACAUGAGUGAGCCUAUUGCCUCAAAGCGUGUGUGCUUCUACAAAAGCGGUGAUGCGCAGUUCAGUGGUUUACCCGUGGUCAUCAAUAACCGAACUUUCAAAACCUUCGAGGGGCUACUGGACAGCCUGUCCAAGCGUGUUCCACUGCCUUUUGGAGUCCGCACUAUCACCACACCACGAGGCCACACGACAGUCCGCUCCCUUGACCAGCUGCACCAUGGCCAUUCCUACAUCUGCUCUGACAAGCGAACCGUGAAGCCCAUUGACCUGGAGCGGGCACAACGCAAACCGCCACCAUGGUACCAUGCCCGGCCAGUCAGCAGCAGGCGCCUGGCCCGACAGCGACAGAGUCCUGGCCUGCGCAGCACUCGCAGGGCCAGACGGAAUGAGCAUGCAGCCCUGCUGCACACGCCAAAGAGGCUGGUGGUGUUCCGCAAUGGAGAUCCAGAAGUCAGGCACAUGCUUUUGUUGCAGAAAAGGACCACUCACUCUUUUGAGGCACUGCUGGAUCUUGUAUCUGAGGUCAUGCAUUUUCCUGUGCUGAAGCUGUACACACCAGUUGGAAGAAGGGUGGAUGGACUUCCUGCUCUGAUCUUGUGCUCAGGGGUAUUGGUAGCUGCUGGACGUGAGCCUUUUAGAAAAGCAAACUAUGAUGUCCAGAAACCUUCUGCUCUGACUUGGCUACCAGCAAAAAGUGUAGGACGGCUGCAUCCUGUGUCCCGGAAAAAGAAAUCCAUGACCAGCAGCACGAAAUCUCGUCCCUUCUCACCAUCCUCAGAGCGCUACAUUGUGAAUCAGAUACACAACAGUUUUGCAGGAAGUGCAUGUGACUAUCCAAGUAACCCUACUGGUUCUGUAGAAAUGGAGACUGGUCAGUUGCCAGAAUCCAUUGCAGAGACUGACACAAUUGCCUGUCUGGAUGGUGAAGGUGAGGGAGACAUCCACAUGCCCACUGAAGAUGACAUUGAAAAGUCCUUUCGGAUCAACCAGGACGGCAGCAUGACUGUGGAGAUGAAGGUGCGCCUAACCAUCAAAGAAGAGGAGACAAUUCAUUGGACAACUACGCUUAGUCGCUCCAAUGUGCCCAGUCAAAUGAAGACCAAAUCAGAUCCUGAUAUUUGUGCAACCAUAUCUGACAAUAUUCCCCCUGAAGUUGACCCUGUGGCCUCAGAGGUAAUCGAGAAUUGCCCAGAAGAACUUGCCUUUCUUAUGGAUAGUCCUGAAGAGAUGGAGACAGGUAGAGCAGAGCCAAUCACUGGGAAAAAAGAGCCCCUCCAUUCCCUUCCUUCUAGCCCUGGGUGGUGUAAAGUUCAGCAGAAACAAUCUGUUGGGAGCACCAUGAAAGUUACAGAAACUGAGAUCCAGGAGAAUGUGUUGGGAUCAUAUGCCUACAGGGAAGAGACAAGUAAUGGUGAGAUGAAGCAGGAGCACUGCAUGGUUCGGCAGUGCAGAAGUCGCCCUGUACCUAAACCCCGCAGCAACCUGCCCUCUGAACUGAAUGCAACAACCUCACAACUGCAGUCCGACAGCUAUAAGUCGGCAGAGAUUCUACAACUACAGGACAAUGGGGAGGCGGUCCAUGAGACAGUGCUCCACAUCUAUGAACAACAGACCUGCCAGGAGAAUUUCUUUGCCAAUACACAGCUCUGUAUUCAGGGCAUGGGCACAUACAGUUCAGCUGGAGCUCGGCCAGCGUCAUCUGAUACUGUAUUUCCUGCAUCCUCUGAAAAAACAAUACGGUCUUACAGUGAGGAUUUGGAGUCUGAGCACAGGGUCUCUAGCACUUAUGGGUCACUUAUGAGACAGCAGAACGUCUUCCAAUCAGACCUCUACGCAUUACACCAAAAAAACUUCUCUCAGGAAAUCAGAAGUAAGAAGGCAACAAGUUCUAUUAUUGAAUUUCCUAAACCUUCCACAGCAGAAACUAGCAAGAAGAGAAAGCCAGUGAGAGUAAUUGUCAAAAAGAAUCAUAUUUUCCAAAUUGCUGCCCCUGAACGAAAGCAAAAAGAUGAUAAAAUGGACACGUUGAAAGAAAUAAAGAAAAUAAAAGCUGAUAUUUUUAGCCGAGCUGGAACAACGAGACGUACUGAGCAUUACCGGGCAAAAGCUAUUCAGAAGCUUCUAAAAAGGAGAAACAAUCAAGCCAAUCAUCAAGAAAGUACUCCUUCCAUGAUACACAAUCCUGUUCAGUUGAUGAUACAAAGUCCAAAUGAAUUACCAGCUGAGAAAGAACAAUGUACCAUUGAAGUGAAUCCUGUUCAACCAGACAUGUCCUAUAAGAAACUUAAUGAAAGUUCAGCCUCUCCAAAGAAAAACCUGCUUCAUGCAACAACCAAUAAAUGUACACUAACACGGCAGACAUCUAUGAACGAGGAGCGAGAUUUUCAGCGAGAAACGCAAGAGCUUAGUGAAAGCAUAUCCCUUCCUGGUCUGCACUCUUCUUCCUCAAUCUUCAAUGAAUAUGUAAACCUCUGGCUGCAGAAGAGUGAACCUGACCAGGAACAGGUACCAUCUACCCACACAGAGUUACAGGAAAGCACAACCUUUCUGACACCUGAGGAGUUACAGUCUUCUCCAGAGGUUGGAGAGAUAACCUGUGAGACUAUAUGUGCUAGAGAAACAUCAAAGGAGGAUCUACCAUGUUGUGUUCAAGUACAUAAUACUUCAUCACUCAGAAAUCUAUCGCCAGCAAAGUCAUCAAUGGAAGAGGAAUUCUCUUCUGUGAAGGAAACAUUACCCAGUGAUUUCUCUCCAGAAAGAAUUUCCCUACCCAAAGAUUCAUCAGAAGAGAACACAUCCCUGUCUAAAAGAAAUACUUUUGAAAAGAACACAUCAACAGAAGUAAAGUCUCCUCAAAAUAAUACUGUAGGGGAAAUACCUUUACUAAGAAAUCUCUCUCUAAAAAAAAAUACAUGGAAGAAAAGCCUUUCCUCAGAAGACAGUUCAUCACUGAAGGAUAAAUCAUCAGAGAAAAAAAUAAUCCCAAAUCUGUCACAAGGAGAAACAUCAUUGGCAAGAAAUGCCUCUGGAAAAACAAGCCAGGCUACCUCAGAUAAUGAAUUAAUAGAGUCCUCAAAAUUAUAUUCAAAUCAAGAAAAAAUGCCAGUUCAAUCAAAAGAUUCUGGUUCAGAAAUGCACAUUGAUAAAACAUCUACAGGUAAUGUUCAUGUAAAAGAAACACCUAUUCUUCGCAGCCCUUCUUCAGAAAAGACUCUUCUACCCAACCAACACUCUGUAGAAAAAAUACCUAAAAACAACACUCUGACCAAGGCAUCACUCUUCAACAAUCAAAGUAUGGAGAAAAUAUUAUCUACACAGGUAACUUCUGACAAGAAGCCAAGACUGAGACCUUCUUCAUUGUCUGAAUCCAAAAGAACUUUGUUAGGCAAAUCCCAAGUAAGCAAUGAUGCAACAAAAUCCAUCAUCCUACAUAGGGACAUAACCACAUCUGAAACUACUAAUUGUACAUCUUUGAGGGAACAAUCACAUGCCCUGAUUACACCUACCACAGAAAUGUCAGUUUUGCAAGCAGAAAAAUCAUAUUCAGUUAAAAUGGCAGUGAGGCCAGAUAUGAGACAAGUUCUUGAGGAGCUCUGCUAUUCCAUUCAGUCACUCCGUGAAGUCACACAGUACAAGCGGCGGUCUUGUUUGGAGAAGUCCAAUAGCAUGCCAGAUUUCUCCUCACACUUGGCCUCUACUUUUGGCUCCUCUUCUCGAGUGCUCUUGGCCUUCCUCUCAGUUAUGACCCUGAAGGAUGGUCUGGCCAAUCUGAAUGCAUGCCGCCAAGCUCAAGACAACCUGAGCUGCUCUGAGGCUUUGCUUAUGCUUCAGUCGCUAAAGGAGAUGGCAAUCAUAGAGGAUGCAGAGAAGCUGAGAGCCAGUCUAAAUGCUCUGCAAAACUCAACAUCUGUUCAGUUGCUGCAGAGUUGGAGAGGAUUCCAGGAACUGAGCAAUUUAUCCAGGAGUCAUAGUGCCACAUCAGGUUCCUCAAGGAGUGGGUCUUAUAUUGGGUCAUACUCAGAGGAAGAGGCAAUUCAAGGACUCAUGGAAGAUCUAGGUGUUCCUGACAGGGUCAGAGAAGAGCUAACUGCUCUUUGCACUCAAGAGGAGGACAGCAUCAGAGGUAAUCAGGUGGAUGGAUUAGAAAAGCAGAGUGAGUCACUCCCAGACGUAAAGAUGAAUGGAUUUACGGAGUCGUUCCUAAGGGAAAAAACAAUCAGCUUGCCCAACUCUGUGCUGGAAGAUGUAAACAUAUAUGUUAAGUCUGUCAUUGAAAAUGCUGUUCAAGCACACCUUGAUGACUGUGGCAUUUCAGAUGUCUCUGUGACACAUUUAUUGGUUAGUGCUGAAAAAGAAAUCAAAGUGGCAACUGACAAGCAUGAAGGGGAAUUCUCCCAAAUAAAAAGAACCAAGCAGGCUGACUGUAUGCUUGACUUUGACAUAGACAAGAUCAUGUCUUCUCAUGAGUCUGCCUUGGAAGAAGAGCAAAAAACAACAGAAGAGAAAGUAGCAGAGCUCAUUAGAACUGAGGAUAGAGGAGUCGUGGCAAGGCAACAGGAAAUAAAUGCCAAGCCACUAAAGGAGAGGGAAGUGAUGGAUGAGAGGGCAGUAUUUGAGGACUGCAAAGCCAAGACAAAUGACACUAUGGAGGAGGUACUAGACUGUCAUGAAGGAAGGGAAUCAGCAAAAAAGGUGGUGGAUACAGGGGAAAUUGAUGAAGACAGGGAUACUGAGAAGAACCCUAAAUCACCAACUAGUAGUGAAAAUAAACUGACAACAUCUGAAGAGGAAAAAUCUAGCUCAGAGGAAGAAGAAGACAGUUGUGAAGAAGAAAUUAUGAGCUUUUCUGAAGAUCAAGUUAGUGAUAAAGAAGAAAAUCUUGGUAGUGACCAAAAAUAUGCCAUGACCGCCACUCUCUCUCAGUGGCAAAAUGAAGGCCAAGUGAGUCAAACAGAAAGCCAACUACACAGUAAAACAGACUGUGAGGAGACACUCUUCAGACAACCUGAAAUGCAAGCUACUUUGCUUGCUAUUCACAUAGAAUCAGAUGUGAAAGAGGAUACAAUACAACUUGAAACAGAGCAACAGCACAUUGUCUAUGAGGAGAAAAGGAUUUAUUCAGGGGAGGAGCAGGUGAUUUUGGAAGAACCAGAAUGCUAUACAAUUUAUCAAGAACAUUUUGUGGAGGAAAAAGAGUAUGGUUCAGAAAAAGCUGAGGAGCAUGAGGAAAAAACAACACAUUUUACAGAAAAAAAGAAAGCUUCAGUGGCAGAGCUCAUCAGUAAUAUUGAGUCAGUUGCACAAAAGGCCAGUGAUAUACCCAAGAAGCCUGUGGACAGAUUCUUGACACACAUCGAUUUACCAGACAUUUCAGACACUGAUAAAUUAGAUGUUUCUCAAAUGUCCAGUGAACAAGAGGAGGUGGGGAAGUUUAUAAAGUAUCCAUCUAAAGUGCAAAUACAAGACAAAGGUGACAGUGAGAAGCACUCACCAAAUGAACCAUCAAAGAAGAUCAGGACAACUAAGCAGUCACAUAUGGACUUGACCUCAGAACCCCUUUCCUCUUCAUUAGCCUUCAGCUAUGAUUCCCGAAGCAGCUCUUUGGCACAAGAGCCAGAAGAAAGCAUUCAGGUUAACAGAGUUAAGUCAAUCCGCGAGAUGUUUCUUGCUAAGAGUAACACCACAACCUGCAUUGGGCACAGACGACAGCACAGUCCAAAUUCUGACAUGUCUGACUACCAAGCCGAAUCCAGCGACAGUGGAGGAAACCAGUCCCAAACAUCACCUGAGACCUCCAGUGGAGAGGAUGACACUAGCCGAUUAGCCAUUGCCAAAGGGUUUGUCAGAAGAACCAUUGAGAGGCUCUAUGGAAGAGGUCAUUCAAAUAGUACAGGGCCAGAUGAUAGGAGACCUCUAUCUGCCUCCAGAGGGAAGCAAAGAGAAGCUCUUGGGAGGACAAAUGUAACCACUUUGGCUUCCAUCCAUGAAGCUCGAACUCAAGGAAAGACUGACCUAUCAUACUUUAAUGCCACAAGCUCAGUGGAUGCCUUCAAUCAGUCAACUCACUUUGUCACUCUGAAUGCUCAAGUGGUACCUGAAGAUGCUGUCCUCAUUGACAAAGGUUGCUGGUUGCUUCAUGAAAACCAACUGAUUCGUGAAUCCUCCCCAGAACUAGAAUCUCCAAGGACAGUGGAAAAGAACACAACCAUAUUAGUUGAUUAUGAACAAGAUGCUAUGAAGGAAGAUGUUCCAUAUUCUUUAUUUUGUCCAGCCUCUCCUAAUAGGACUCUCUCUUCUACUGAGCUUGAGGAGCUGCCUAGGUCAUUAAGACCAAAGUUUACCUAUUUUAACCUUCCUAAUGCAAGUGACUCUGAGCUGGAGCCAGAAGGACAAAAUUCUGAUACCCUGUCAAAAAGAGAGGCUAAGGUGAGUCCUGUUACACAGUCACCCAAGUCCUGGGCCGAGAAAGACAGCAUUCUACCUGCCUUCAACCCUCCAGUCAUCAAAAGAGCAGAUAAUAAAGUGCAUCCUUUGUUAGAAGCUUUAGCACCUCCUGUGGUUACCCAGCCAGUCAGAGGACAGAGUGCACAAACAGAGGUUGCAAGGCGUUCUACAGAACCUGAUGUCCUGGAAAUGCUCUUUAUAUUUUGUGGACAACACUGUCCCAUACUCUAAAGUAAAAGUUUAUCACUGCAACAAGCGAACAUGGUACAUGCGAACCCAGUAAAUGUAUAUUGUUUUCAAGAGGCAAUCUUCAAUAAGCAGAUUAAAAAAAUAACAAUUUCAUUUUCACGAUGAUCAGAACUGCCUUACAUACCUGGUUAACAUAAUGGAUUUUUGAAGGAAGACUGCUGUUGGAGGUGCUGAAAAUGAUAAUGUGAACCACCUUGAUUUAGGAAGCACAGCUGUUGGUUACUGAUUAACACUUAAGGUGACAGAACAUGAAUUAUGUAGUGCCUAAUCUGUCAAUGUACCACUCAACUGUCAAACCUUCAGUGCUCAAGGUGUUCAUGUAAAAAGGAACUGUGAUUAAAUUAAUUCUAUACAUGGAUAAAAUACAUGUUUUAGAUAUUUUGUAUAUAUACAUGAUGCUACCCUAAGGGUUGCUAACCUGAGUCUGUUUCAUCACACUUUGAGUAUACUGCCUUUCUAAAGCAUGGUACAGACAGGUAUGUUUGACGUCUUCAAGGCCAUCCUGUGCAUUACACUAAUCUCAUUUUGACCAAAAGCUUUAAAGUGCUCAGCGGUCAAAGAGUCACGAAAACAGGGUGAUCAGCUCUAGCUCCCAGCAUGGGACUGGUGCAUAUGCUCAACUCACAUGCAAAUGUCAUGUGCUCUAUAUAAACCAACAGCCACUCCUCCAUAUGCCACAAACCUGCCAAUCAUUGUUCUUAAGGAUGAUUAAUGCCAUUAGUCAUUGCAUUGCAUUACAAGUACUUGAUGUUGUGUUGGUUUCUGUUUGUGAAUGUAUGUACAUUUGUUGCUGUAUAUACACUAUACACUUAACUAGCUUUUAGCAUGACAGCUGCCAUGUGAAGAGUUGGUAGAUUUGUUUUUUAACAUUUUUAUCAAUAGGGUUUGUACAUAUGUGUAAAAUCUGUGCUCCUAAAAUAAAUGACUGUACAGUGUUUUGAAAAAAGAAAGCAAAAUAGUUGUCCAAAAUACCAAAUAUGUCUCUGUAAAAUCAAUGGCAGCUGAUAUUUAUGCUUCUUUUC